AUGGAGGCCACGGAAAUCCUGCAAUCGCGCAACCCCCCCACGGUCACCGCUCCGUUACCUUCAAUGCUGUACGUGGUGGCUUUGGUUGCAGUAGGCGGCUUGGUCUUCGCGUCCUGGCUGGCAGCUUGGGUCCUGGGCAAGGAUGAGGGUGACGAGAAGAUGAGGCAAGUCUCUGACGCCAUCAGGGAAGGAGCUGCCGGGUUUCUCUCCACACAAUAUGCGAGCAUCUUCAAGCUGGCAGUUGUGGUGCUGGUGGGCAUCUUCCUUAUGUACCUCGUCAGAGAGCCUCCCAAGAAUCUACCACAGGUGGCUUCCUGGAGAUUGGCUUUCUGUGUCGCCGUGUCAUUUGCCACCGGCUGCAUUCUCUCAGGUAUUGCUGGGUAUGUCGGGAUGUGGGUGGCAGUACGUUCCAACGUCCGCGUGGCGUCUGCAGCUUGCCGCUCCUUUCAGGAGGCGAUAGCUGUCGGACUUCGCGCUGGCGCAUUUAGUGGAGUUCUUGUCGUUUCGAUGGUGCUGUUGGGCAUCAUCGCUCUCUUGUUCGGAGUGCGGCUGGUGGUACCUGCAGCUUUGCACCAGUUGCCCUUCCUCUUGGUUGGCUAUGGCUUUGGAGCCUCCUUCGUUGCUCUUUUUGCGCAGCUUGGCGGUGGCAUCUAUACAAAGGCCGCAGAUGUGGGCGCCGAUAUGGUGGGCAAAGUGGAGGCGGACAUUCCGGAGGACGACCCACGAAAUCCCGCCGUUAUUGCCGAUUUGGUCGGAGACAACGUGGGUGACUGCGCCGGGCGCGGCGCGGACUUGUUUGAGUCGAUUGCCGGGGAGAUUCUGGCCGCAAUGAUUUUAGGCGGCACCCUUUCGCAGCAGCUGCCAGCUGAUGCGAGAAGUGGCUACGUCUUGUUUCCUCUUGCAAUCCAUGCGAUGGAUUUGAUCGUGAGCGGCAUCGGUAUCAUGAUGACCGAAGCACCGAAGAGCAGUAAAGGCAUCGAUCCGAUGGAAGUCUUAAAGAGUGGCUACAAGGUUUCAGUUGGCCUCGCUGCCGUAGGUAUCGUCGUGCUCUGCAGGCUUCUCCUGUACACCGAGGAGCACCCCAAAGCUUGGAUGCAUUUCUCUGUCUGCGGUCUCGUCGGCUUGGGCACUGCCUUUCUGUUCAUCCUGGUCACUCAGUACUACACUGAUUUCAAUUUCCCGCCGGUGCGCCAAAUAGCGCAGGCAAGCCUGACUGGGCAUGGCACGAAUGUGAUCGCUGGCAUGUCUGUGGGAAUGCGGGCAACAGCUGCACCAGCCGGCAUCAUCUGCGUGGCACUGCUGUGCUCCUACAAGACCGGCAUGGCCGCUCUGGACGGAUCUCCCAGUGCUGGACUCUUUGGCACCGCCGUGGCCACGAUGGGGAUGCUGUCCACAGUAGUUUUCGUCUUGGCCAUGGACGUCUUCGGCCCGAUCACCGACAACGCCGGUGGCAUCGUGGAGAUGAGCGAACAGCCGGAGACCGUCCGGAAUAUCACAGACAGCCUGGAUGCGGUGGGCAACACGACCAAAGCCAUCACCAAGGGCUUCUCCGUGGGCUCGGCGAGCCUGGCGUGCUUCCUCCUGUUCUCAGCCUUUCUGGAUGAGGUCUCUGAGCUGGCCGGCGAAAAAGUGGGUGCCGUGGACAUUUCAGUCCCCGAGGUCUUCCUUGGGGGCAUCGCGGGUGCGACGCUGGUCUUCUACUUCAGCGGGCAGUGCAUGACCGCGGUCGGGUCCGCAGCGCAGGAGGUCGUGAACAAUGUGCGAAGUCAAUUCAGGGAGAGGCCGGGGAUCAUGGAUGGCUCCCAGAAGCCGGACUACGCCUCGUGUGUCUCCAUUGUCACGAGAGCCGCGCUUCGAGAGAUGGUGGCGCCAGGCAUUGUGGCAACCACAGUUCCUCUUUGUGUAGGCUUCUUCUUCAGGGUGGCUUCCAGCGGAAACGACCGGCUCAUUGGUGCGAAAGCUAUUGCUAGCUUCCUAAUGUUUGCGACGUCCUCUGGUGUCCUUUUCGCCAUCUUCCUCAACACGGCAGGUGGUGCUUGGGACAAUGCGAAGAAGUACAUCGAGCAGGGAGUUCAUGGCGGAAAGGGCAGUGCAGCCCACAAAGCAGCCGUCACAGGCGGGCAGCGGGGGGAUGAAGAAAAACGGAGGUGA